AUGAUGGGAGAGAUACCAGGCUCUAUGUCGUCCAUGUCGAUGUCUAAUUCAUCCGGUAGCAUGAAUAUGCAAAUGACCUUCACUAACAACUUCCGCGAUACUUCAGUCUUGUUUGAAGGAUUGAAAGCGUCAACCAAGCCCCAAGCUUUCGGUAUAUUUUGUCUCUUCUUUUUUGUCGCCAUUAUAUUGAGAGGAUUAAUAUUUGUUUAUGUUUAUAUUGAGCAGGUAAUUUGGCGUAAUCCACCUGAAAACACUCCGUUAUCGUAUAAAAGAACCGUCGAUUUUGGAUUUGACGAUGAAAUUCAAGAACCAUUUGAUAAACAAGAAUCAACAUCUAAUACAAUGACCACUAAUAGUCGAGAAUUGAAUUCAACCUCAUUAUUUUUAUCUCCAAAAAGAAAGCGUUCAAUUUUACUCCAAAUGCUUUACACUAAUUGGAAAGAUUUUGAGAAGGAUAUAGUGAGAUUAAUUUUGUCAUUUAUAAUAGCUAUUUUGUCGUAUACUCUAAUGCUAGUUAUUAUGACAUAUGUGACUUGCUAUUUCUUUGCCGUGGUUUUAGGUAUUGCAGUUGGUGAGAUUUGGUUUAAGAGAUUGGAAAGAAUUUUAAUGUGCAAUGAGCUGAUUAUCAGUAAUACAGAAGAAAUACUUGUUCCAACCUCACAAGCAUUGUCGUGCUCAAGAACAAGAUGUUAG